AUGUUGGAGGAUACGUCCACAGCAGAUGUGACCUUCAAUGUUGAACAAGAAACAUUUGCUGCCCACAGAGCGGUGCUUGCUGCGCGGUCACCUGUCUUCCGGAAGCAGUUCAGCGAACCCAUGAAUGAGAAGAAGAUGAGCCGCAUAACCAUCAACUCUGUGGAACCAGCGGUUUUCAAGGCUCUUCUCCAUUUCAUUUACACCGAUUCCUUGCCUGUGAUGGAUGAUUUCAGUAGAGCUGAAAGCAAUGCUGUUUUCCAGCAUCUACUUGCAGCAGCGGAUCAAUAUGGUUUAGAGAGAUUGAAGCUUAUGUGUGCACACACCUUGGUUAUGAACCUUAAUGUGGAGAAUGUGGCUAGUGCACUAUGGCUAGCUGAUAAGUACAAUUGCCAGAAGCUUAAAGAAGCUUGCGUCAAUUUUAUGGCCCCUUCCAACAGAGUCGAUGCUGUGGUGGCAAGCCAAGGGUACCAGCUUCUGAAAAGAGGUUCCCCCUCUCCAUUAGCAGAUGUGUGGGAGAAGAGGAGCCGUGCUCGCCAAAGCUUUCUUUAG